AUGACGGUAAGUGUUAAAUGUUCUUUCUUUCGAAAAUAUUUAGUUCUUAUAUCAUUCAUAUCGAAGAGUGAAGGUAUGUGUCAACUCUAUUAUAUUACCUCAAUAUUCAUAAUAUUAUUCAGAUUGAAUGUAUGUGUUAAAUUUACUUGUUUUAUUACCUCGAUGUUUAUUUUAUCGUUCGGAGUGAAGAUGAAGGUAUGUGCCAAUUUUACACCAUUUUAUUUAGGACAUUUGGUCCUCAAUAUUCUUUCUAUUGUUCAGAGUGAAGGACAUGACUAUAGUACCUCACAAUAUUUUAUCAAUCAGAGUAAAGAUCAAGCAAAGGUAUGUGCCAAUUUUACUAUAUUUCGAGGACGUGACUGUAGUACUUCAAUAUAUGUAUUAUCAUUCACAGUAAAGAAUGAAGGUAUGUAUCAAUUUUACACCAUUUCUAGGACAUUUUGUACCUAUUAUUAUCCAUAUUAUUAUUCAGAAGGAAGGGCAUUAAGUACCUCAAUAUCGAUAUUAUUAUUCAGAGUAAAGGCUAUUUCGUACCUCAAUAUCGAUAUUAUCAUUGAGAUCAAACACAGUAACGUAAGUAUCAAAAUCGAUUUAUAUUUAGGACAUUUAGCAACUAUGUUUUUAGUCGGGGUAAAGGACAUUAAGUACCUCAUUAUGCAUUUUAUUGAGAGCAAGCUUAGACUGAAGGUAUGUGCUGAAUUUAUUCUACUUCUAACAUACUUAGUACCUCAAGACCCAAAUUAUUAUUCAGUAGGAGAGAGUAUAUCAAAAUUAUUUUAUAUCUUGAACAUUGGAACACCAUUAUUUAUAUUUCUGUUUAAAGUAAAGUAUACGAAACAGUUAUGUCUGGAGAACUUAUUUUUCAGUAUUAUCGAAAUACAGUAUCAUACACUAACAGUAUCAUACACUAAGGUAUGUGGAUGUAACUUUCAUUUCAGUAUCAUACAGUAUCAUACACGUAAGUAUCAUACACGUAAGGUAUGUAAAGAAAACUUUUAUUUCAGUAUCAUGAACGUAAGAAGUGAAGGUUUGUCGUAUUUAGUACCAUUUUUGCUAGAAGUGAAGAAGUGUGGUGUCUGCUUUAUUACCGAUUUAAUAGAAGUAAAGGUAUGUCAAAAUCACCACAUAUUUACUAGAAGUGAAGCUUUUUACAAGGGUAUGUCAAAAUCUACUUUUUAUUUACUAAAAAUGAAGAUAGAACUAGAUGUUAAUGUAAGGUAUGUUUACAUUUUUCAAAUUACUAUCUAUUUACUAGAAGUGAAGUAUUUUACUAAAUAUAAACUAGAUGAUAAAGUAAGUAAGGUAUGUUUACAAUACCAUUAUUUUACUAAAUAUAAACUAGAUGAUAAAGUAAGUAAGUAUUCUACUAGAUAUAAACUAUAUGAUAAAGUAAGAUAUAAACUAGAUGAUAAAUUUUCUACUAGAUAUAAACUAGAUGAUAAAUAUUUUACUAGAUAUAAACUAGAUGAUAAAGAAAGAUAUAAACUAGAUGCUGAAGUAAGUAAGGUGUCGGAUAUUUACCAGAUACGUGGAUAUUUUCAAGAAGUGUAUGAUAAGCCAACGUGGGGUUUCUUUAAACAAACCUAUACAAAGGCAGCACACAUCAUCAUACCGAAAUAA